AUGGCCUGUGUUGGCGCGGUCUUCGACGAGGAUGACGAAGUCGUCUAUCAGGCGCAUCAUAUCAGCGCACGGUGUGUCUCGGAGCUCAACAUCAUGGCUACUCGUCGUGCUAAAAAUAGCUGCGAUAUUGUGUAUUUGGCUGCCGUUUGCCUUCACCAGGCAUAUUUGCUUGGGUCUGGCGACGAAAACAUCCAUGGCCAGGUGAACGGAGUCCGCACCUUUCUCAUUGACAGCUUGAAAAGUCUGAAGCUGUUGGGUUCUGGCAUGAGUGGUCGAGAAGGAUCAGCUCAGGAGCGCGUGGUACCGACUCGGUCAGAGCAGGCCGAAUGGACCGCAUGGGUAGCGUGUGAGCUUGAAAUCAGAACGACGUGGGCUGUAUUCGAGUUUGAUUGCAGUUACUCCCUUCUCACCAACAGCCCCUGUGCCAUAGAUCUGAGAGAUCUACCUCUGAGAUUCCCAUGCUCCGAUGAGGUCUAUGAUGCUCCAGAUGCCCAAUCUUGGGACGAUCUCCGAUUCCAAUCACCAUAUUGUGCUCAGGGGCCACUAGUGUCCACUGUCGUGGCGGCCACGGCAGCAAAAAAGGUGUUGUCAGAACAUAUCUCUCCUUGGAGCAAGCGUUUGUGUACCCAGGUCUUGGAGAGAAUUUUGAGAGGGUACGUGAGGCAAACCCAACGAGAUAGCACUAUUGCGGCUGCCCAGCAUCAUGGCCUGGAUCUGGGAUCUGCCACCACAGAGAGGGCAGAGUCAUUGCUUUGGUCCAUCAGCCUUUUGGGCAAGUCCAUAUAUGAUGCUGCAAUCUCAAAACCUCUGUCAACGAUGGACCUCUUCAAUUUUAGCUCAACCAAGUUGAUUCGCCACUACACUCACCUGACAGUGUACUCGGAUGUCAUGGACUUGAUAACCUAUAUCGCUCGUGCAGCUGCUUCGCGCCAGUCGCCCAACUGUCGCACAUCCUUGCGCUGGGCGCAGCAAAAGCUCAUCGAACAAUUCGCACAGCGUCCAUACAAAUCUCGACAGUAUGUUUGGCACGCUGGCCAGAUGAUCAGAAUCGCAAAGAUAUAUGCAAUGUUUGUGCCUUGCGACAAUCUGCGCAUCUUUACAGCAUAUCUCACCAUACUUGCGUUUGCAAAAUAUGGCCCCCGAUCCCUAAGGGAUGUAGAGGGAGUUGAACCAUUCCCAAUAGACAGAUGGCCGCAGGACGAGAAGGAUAUUGAGAAUUGGCUUCAAUUCGGUGGCCCAGCCAAGAUGGGGUCUUGCACUGGUAUUCAGGUGGGAUGUCGAACUGAAAACCUUAUACAAGAAUCGUUUCACAUGCUUUACCGGCUUGAACAUUGGGGAAUCUCAGAGAGGCUCUUCAGUGUCUUGCUUCACUUUAAUGACCUCGGCGUCCUUGAUUGA